GACAGCCACGCCACGUCACGCACACUGAGGAAUAUUACGCUCAUAAAUAUGUUUGUUGACACUCAAACUGACUUCUAAGCAACCUGGGUUUUACAUCGUAACCUUUUUUUUUAAACACGCUGAUAAAAGUUUUUUCUCCCCUCUUGAUUACUUUAUCGGAUCUUGUUGGUGCCGGUUCAGUGGAUUCUGCUGCCCUCCAGCGGUCAACAGGAGGAACUUCAGUCCGGGCUGGGUACCCUCCUCCCCGGCCGCCGCUCCGUGUUUGUGUAUGUGGAAUGCGGGUCAAGCGGAACUCACGGCUAAAAACUGCGCUUCAAAUCAAACUCAAACACCGGCUAGCGUCCUCCUGGCGUGCUCUCCGGAGCCUAACAGACACACAACAAUGAAGAGAAGCAGGCACCCAAGCAGCAGCGACGACUCAGACAAUGGAAGUAAUUCAACCUGCUGGUCCCAACAUUCGUCACAGCCCAGGAGAGGGACCGGGCAGAAACCCUCAGAGGUUUUCAGGACGGAUCUGAUCACCGCCAUGAAGGUUCAUGACUCGUACCAGCUGAACACAGAGGACUACUACGUCCUGGCCGACCCGUGGAGGCAGGAGUGGGAGAAGGGCGUGCAGGUUCCCGUCAGCCCCCAGUCCAUCCCGCAGCCCGUCGCCAGGGUGCUGGCGGAAAAGGGAAAGGAAGUGAUGUUCGUCAGGCCAAAGAAGUUGAUCCGGACGUCAGGCACCGAGGCUCUGGGAUACGUGGACAUCCGGACGCUGGCGGAGGGGAUGUGCCGCUACGACCUCAACGAGGAAGACGUAGCCUGGCUGCAGACCGCCAACCAGGAGUUUGCAGAGAUGGCCCUGCCCUCGCUGGACGAGCUCACCAUGGAGCGUGUGAUGGAGGAGUUUGAGCGCUGCUGCCACGACAACUUGUCGCACGCCAUGGAGACGGAGGAAGGGCUGGGCAUCGAGUACGACGAGGACGUGGUGUGCGACGUCUGCCAGUCGCCCGACGGGGAGGACAACAACGAGAUGGUGUUCUGCGACAAGUGCAACAUCUGCGUUCACCAGGCCUGUUACGGCAUCCAGAAAGUCCCAAAAGGCAGCUGGCUGUGCCGGAUCUGCGCCCUCGGCAUCCUGCCAAAGUGCCAGUUGUGCCCCAAGAAGGGAGGAGCCAUGAAGCCGACCCGGAGUGGAACCAAGUGGGUCCACGUCAGCUGUGCCUUGUGGAUUCCAGAGGUGAGCAUCGGGAAUCCAGAGAAGAUGGAGCCCAUCACCAACGUGUCCCAGAUUCCCAGCAACAGAUGGGCUCUGAUCUGCUGCCUGUGCAAAGAGAAGACGGGAGCGUGCAUACAGUGCUCAGCGAAAAACUGCCGGACUGCCUUCCACGUGACGUGCGGCCUCCACGCCAGCCUUGAAAUGAACACGAUCCUCACAGAGGACGACGAGGUCAAGUUCAAGUCCUACUGUCCCAAACACUCGGGACUCGAGGGCACAGAGUUCAGAGACCGAGACUCAGAAGGAGAGGAGGAGAAGGAGAGCGCCAGGGACAAGAAGGGCAAGAGGAGAGGCAGGGUGAGAGGGGAGGAAGACGCCGCCGCCACCGCCUCCUCCUCCUCGCCAUACGUGGCUCCGCAGCUCAUCAGCAGAGCGCCCACUGACCUGGAGGCGCUCAGCAGCCGCCAGCAGGAGAAGAGAGUGAACCUCCGCAAGCUGAAGGUGCAGGCGAUGGAGGAGGACUUCUACCAGUUUGUGGAGGUGGAGGAAGUGGCCGGCCACCUGAAGCUGCAGCCGGAGGUGGUGGACUUCCUGUUUCAGUACUGGAAGCUGAAACGCAAGGCCAACUUCAACCAGCCUCUCCUCACGCCCAAGAAGGACGAGGAGGAGAGCCUGGCACGCCGCGAGCAGGAGGUGCUGCUGCGACGCCUGCAGCUGUUCACACACCUCCGUCAGGACCUGGAGAGGGUCCGUAAUCUGACCUACAUGGUGACUCGAAGGGAGAAGAUGAAGCGCUCACUGUGGAGAGUCCAGGAGCAGAUCUUCCAACAACAAGUCCGACUGCUCGACCAAGAGCUUCUCAAAGGAGAUCCUUCAGCAAACGAUUUGGAGAAGCUCUUCUCUCUCGGCUGGUUAUCCUCUCAGGGCUCCCAGUCUCGCUCCUCGUGGAGCCAGUCUGGACUAAAAACCAAACGAGGGUCUUUAAAGCAGGAACGAAGGAAAAGCAGCGACAGAAGAGGCCCCUCAGACUCGCCGUACUCUUACAGGAAGGACAAUCUGAGCAAACCGCUGGAGACGAAAGACAGUAAGACGUCUGAGGCGGCGAGCGAACCCAAAGUCCUGAACUCCGACAUCAGCCAGGAGAUUCAGUUCUUCAAGCUUCAGAAGGCAGAGGAUUUUCAGGAAGCAAUGAAUGUUAAGCCGCACAAACCUGAGAGCAGGAAAGGCCCGAGGAGGGAGGCGGAGCACGAGGCGUUGAACAGACGGCGGCGAGACAACGACCACGAGCAAGAGGAGAGGAGGAGGAGGAGGAGGAGCGACGCGGUGGAAAGUCUGCCGAGCCAGGGGAAGAACCGGCUCGGGUCGAAACACCUGGAGAAAACUGUGUCCAUCAGGCUGGUCGACAUCAGGAGCUCCGACACGGUCACGGACGACUACUUCAUGGAAGAAGGGAUGACGAAAAGAAGCCCCGCCUCCGUCGCUGUCCACGCCAACGGCUGGCUGAGGAAGGCGAACGGCUCGCACACACCCGGCCGGCAGGUGGGCGGGCACCUUAAAGGCUGGGGCAAAUUCAGGAUCCCUAGGAGGAAUGAGAAACCUCUGACGGCGAAGGAGGAGGAGGAAGACGGCGACGAAGAAGAAGAAGAUGAGGACGAGGAGGAGGAAGUGCAGCAUCACAAGCCGCUGCUCAGGCCGCCGAUAAACACGUCGAACCCCAGGACCAGACUCCGCACGGGGGCCGAGAGCGACGGCUACGCCUCCGACGCCAAACCGGCCGACGGCGAGAUGGAGCCGUGCCUGAAGCGAUGCCACUCCCACCGGCUGAGGGGCGAGUCGUCUCUCGCUCGCCGCUACGGCUCCGACAUCAUCCGCCGCGGCGUGCUCGCGUCCUGAUGUCGGAGGAACACUCGUUGAGGAAUAAGCUGCACUGUAUUAGUCGGGGGGGGAAAGAAUGACAGUCGCUCUUUGUACCUUUAUUUUUCUGCCUAGAUGAAAAACAGAGCUGAUAUUUAUUUUUUAUUUGUAAAAUAUGUAAAUCUGGGAAAUAUUUUACUUUAUUUUGAGCUAGUUUUUAUUUUCGUUUCUUCCUUUUUAAAAAGUAGAAAGAUGUCAAGUUGCCACUUAAAAACGCUCGCUCCGAUACGUACAAGCAAAAGCAUCAGCACGGGAGGAUGUGCGAUUUGCUUGGGACCAUAAGCUUGCGAUGUAUUUUUUUGUUUUGUUUUUUUAGAUAGAAAACUGAACUCAGUUGCACUUAGCCGAAGAAGCUGAUGAACGUCAGCUAACUAGAACUCUGUAGGUUUUUAUUUUUUAAUCAAGCACACAGCUACAAGCACCGCUAUUUAAACUCCAGCUAUCAUCAGACUGUCUUUAACACGACGACAUUAUGAAACGGGAAUCCACAAACCAUAACGGAGGGGAAAUCAGAUCGAUGUUUUUACUCGCCCUCAUCAUCAUCAUCAGCACUUAAGUGUAAUUGAACUGCGAUCGUAUCCAUCAUGUGCCUAACUUUUAUUUGAAGCAUUUGCACUACGAGAGGACGGCACAGGUGAGAGGUAUGAGUAGAGUUAUUUUUACACUGAAAAACUGAGAGAAGCGUUUUGUACCCUUGGCCGCCCGCUGCUGUACUACUGUUAUGCAAAAUGAAUUUUUUUUUUGUCUUUGUCUUAAAGAGGAAUAAAAACUUAAACAUGAA